UUAUCAUCGCCAACCGUGCCGACCAAUUUGAAUGCAACGGGGGAGGCUGAGGCCUCGUGUAGCUGUUUAAAUAAUUUAAAAUUUAAUUAUUUAAUUCAAAAUAAGAAGAGAAGAAGAAUAAAUUUAAAAAAUAAUUUUUUAAAAAAUAAAGAAGAAAAUUUAAUAAUUAAAAAUAAUAUUAAAUAUUGCCCGCAAAAAUUAGAAACAUCAAAAGAAAAAAGAAAAAAAAUAUUUUUAUUACCAAAAAAUGGUAAAGGAAGGCCUCGUUCUUUACAACAACAUUUUUAUUUAUUUUAAUUUUUCUUUUAAAUUUUUCAAAUGCCAUAACUUUGGAUAGAAGAUUUUUAAUUAAACGUUAUUUAAUCAACAACAAAAUUAGCGAACAAUUGCCUUUUAAUGUUUUAUUAAUUUUGCCUGAAAAAGAGUCUAAUAAUGACAAAUUUGGUUUAACAAUUCCGAAAGUCCGCCCAAUAAUAGAUAUUGCUAUAGAGAAUGUUAUUAAAUAUGGGACAAUGCCUCGAAAUUGGAUUAAUAUAACUUAUCAUGAUUCUAGAUAUUGGGAAGAUACUUUACUUGCUGAAAGAGUUAGUGCAACUGGGGUUGUACAGGCUUAUUGUAAUAAACGUCUCGAUGCAAUUUUUGGUUUUGCCGAUGCUUAUUCACUCGCAACAGUUUCAAAAAUUUCUGCAGGUUUUGGGGAGGGAGUUCCAGUCUUAACAACAACAGGAUUAACAACAAUAAUUGGCUCUAAAAAAUCAUAUCCUUAUGUAACUCGUAUGAGAGGUUCAUAUACACAAAUGGCCGAAGCUGCUUACAAAUUUAUUGCUUUACAAGACCAAAAUUUUGAAUUACAACAACAAAAAAGACGAAGAAAAAAACAACAAAAAAAUUUAUUUUUCCCCCUAAAUUAUCAAAAUUUAGUGUUUAUGUAUCACGAUAAAAGAAGAGCUUUAAAUAAACCUCCUCCAAGUACAAAUAGAGCAAAAAUAGGAGAAACGGGAGGAUAUUCAUCAGCACCAUAUGAAUCCCCCUCUUCUUCUUGUUAUUUUUCUUCACACGCAAUUAAAUCUUAUUUUCAAGAAAAUAAUGAUUUUUUUAUGGAAACGUGGAAAACACAAACUCCCCAUGUUGCUUUUGAUGAAGAAUUAACGAGAAGUAAAGAAGAAGUUAGUGAAUGGGUUAAAUUGGCAUCUUUACAAGCUAACGUUAUCAUUUUGUGUGCAAGCCCGGAUACUGUUCGUGAAAUUAUGUUGGCUGCUUAUGAACUUGGAAUGGCUACUUCUGGAGAAUAUGUGUUUAUAAACAUUGAUGUCUCUACUGGUUCCCAUGCCGAAAAGCCUUGGCUUCGUCAAAACGAUUCCUCUGGUUCAGCCGAGGAAAAUGAAAAAGCAAAACAAGCAUAUAGAGCAUUAAAAACAAUUUCUUUAAGAAGAUCAGAUUUAGAAGAAUAUAAAAAUUUUGAAGCUAGAGUUAAAGAAAGGGCUGAAAAGAAAUAUAAUUAUUCAAAAAAUACUGGAAAAGAAUAUGAAAUGAAUAAUUUUAUAAGUGCCUUUUAUGAUGCUGUUUUACUUUAUGCUAUUGCCUUAAAUGAAACACUUUCUGAAGGUUUAGAUCCAAGAAAUGGAAGAAAUAUAACAAGUAAAAUGUGGAAUAGAACAUUUGUUGGUAUAACAGGGAAUGUAAGUAUUGACCAUAAUGGAGAUCGUUAUUCUGAUUAUUCACUUCUUGAUUUGGAUCCAGAACAAGGGAAAUUUGUGGAAGUUGCCUAUUAUUCUGGUGCUUCAAAUGAAUUAAAAGAAAUAACAGAUUUUCAUUGGGUUGGAGGAAAACCUCCAAAAGAUUUUCCUGUUUGUGGUUGGGAUCGUUCAAAAUGCCCCGAAGGUUAUCCAGCACAUGUUUAUGCUUUAAUGUGUUUGGGAAUUGUUGUUGUUAUUUUAUUAAUUGGUUUUGCAAUAUUUUAUAGGCGUUAUCGUGCUGAAGCAGAAUUGGCUAAAAUGACUUGGAAAAUUAAAUGGGAGGAGUUGGAUGGAGAAGAUAUUGGGAAGGAUAAAAGAAAAAAGAGAUUAAAUGUUGUUGGUUGUAGUAGUGGAAAUAAUAGAGGAAAAUUAAAAUCUGAUUUAUUGGAACAAUCAGAAGUUUUGUUAUUACGUUCAAAUAGUCGAGUAUCUAUUGGAUCUGAUAAAAGAAGUUCUUCCUCUGGUGCAACACGUAAAAUUUCAGCAAUGCUUGACAGAAAAAUCAGUAUAUUUACUCGAAAGAAAUCUUCCCCAACAGACAAUCAACAACAACAUAAACAAUCACAUUCCCAAUCUGCAGGUAAUAAAACAACAACAUCAACAAUAACAAAUCCAGACCAACAACCACAACAACAACAAAUAUCAACAAAUCAUAUCGAAAGAAAUGCUUAUUCUUCUCCAACAUUUUCUAUUGGAAAUAAUUCAAAUAAUAAUGAUAAAAAAAGAAAAAAGAAAUCAAAUCAAUGGAUUGAUGAAGGAGGGGGAUUAGAAGAAUGUGGAAGAGAAGGGGGAGGAGGAGGAGGGGGAUUAGAAGAAGAAGAUUUGGAAUUAGGAAGUAAUUCUGGUGUUGGCAAAAAAUCUAUUGUUUCUUGCUCUACUAAUAAAAACAACAGAAAAUUCUCUUUUAGUGUUUACAGCAUUAAAAGUGGAGGUUCAGUAGAAACAAUUCAAUUACAAAAUAAUGCCCAAAUAUUUACAAAAACAGCAAUGUAUAAAGGCACAAUGGUUGCUAUUAAAAUGCUUAAUUUGGAUCCAAAAAAAUAUCCAAAAUUAGAAUUACCUCGUUCUUUAUUAAUUCAAUUAAAAGAAAUGAAGGAUUUACAACAUGAACAUUUAACAAGAUUUUGUGGUGCUUGUGUUGAUGCUCCUAAUUAUUGUAUUGUUACCGAAUAUUGCCCUAAAGGGUCUUUAGAAGAUAUUUUGGAAAAUGAAAAGAUCAAACUUGAUAAAAUGAUGAAAUAUUCAUUAUUACACGACUUAGUGAAAGGAAUGCAUUACUUACACGGAAGCCUUAUUAGAACUCAUGGAAGAUUAAAAACCUCAAAUUGUGUAGUAGACAGUAGAUUUGUACUUAAAGUUACAGAUUUUGGUUUGGCUGAAUUACACGCAAUGGAAGAUAUUAAGGAAGAUGAAUUAGAAUCACAUGCUUAUUAUAGAAAGAAACUUUGGACAGCCCCAGAAUUGUUAAGAGAUCCAAAUUCCCCCGUCCAGGGAACACAAAAAGGAGAUGUUUAUAGUUUUGCUCUUAUUUUACAUGAAAUGUUAUUUAGAAAGGGGGCUUUUUAUUUGGGUGAAGAUGAAUGUCUUAGCCCUAAAGAAAUUCUUUCCAAACUUGUCCAGCCAUUAGACCCUCACAGCGAUAUUGAACUUUUUAGGCCAUUAAUUCCCCAAGACUGCCAACCUGUUGAUGACACACCAGAAACAGUUAAAAAAUUAAUUGAAUUAAUGAUGGCCUGUUGGAGUGAAAGUCCAAGUGGAAGGCCUGAUUUUUCAACAAUUAGAAAAGUUGUUCAUACACUUAACAAAGAAAACGAAACUUCUAAUCUCGUUGACAAUUUACUUAAACGUAUGGAGCAAUAUGCCACAAACUUGGAAGGUCUUGUUGAAGAACGGACACAAGAAUAUUUGGGGGAAAAGAAAAAAGUUGAAGAACUUUUACAUCAAUUAUUACCUCCAAGCAUUGCUGAUCAAUUAAUUGGUGGUAAUCCAGUCCAAGCAGAAGCUUAUGACAGUGUAACAAUUUAUUUUUCUGAUAUUGUUGGUUUUACUGCACUUUCUGCCUUAUCUACCCCUAUGCAAGUUGUUGCCCUUUUAAAUGAUCUCUACUUAGCUUUUGAUAGUGUUGUUGAUAAUUUUAAAGUUUACAAAGUUGAAACUAUUGGGGAUGCUUAUAUGGUUGUUUCUGGUUUACCUGAAAGGAGAGACGAUCAUGCUUCUCAAAUUGCACAAAUGUCUCUUGCUUUAUUACAUAAAGUCAAAAAUUUUACAAUAAGGCAUAGACCCAAUGAACAAUUAAAAUUAAGAAUUGGAAUUCAUUCAGGCAAGAAAAUAAUUAAUUUAAAAAUUAUUUUCCCCCUCCCUUUUUAG